AUAAAUUUGUCUUUCUUCUCCCAUAAAACUCCAAAGAACCAACAAUGGCAGCAAAGGCUUGCAAAUUCAUUGGCCUCCUUAUCUUCUUCGCCUUCGUCACCCAAGGGUAUGCCGGGAUCUGUGAAACGAUUCAGGAGAGUGUAAUUCUGAAACAAUCGAAGACCGGAAAGAUGGUUAAGAACAAACCGGAGUGGGAAGUGAGAGUUAAGAACACAUGUUCUUGCAAUUACUAUGAAAUACAUUUAUCGUGCGUCAAUUUCAAGUCUGUCACAACCAUUGCUAGCUCGGUUUUGUCUAAAACCGGUGAUGUGUGUCUCCUCAACGACGGAAAAGUUCUUAGCUAUGAUGAAGAAUACGUUUUCAAAUACGUAUGGAACACUAGCUUCAACUUCAAGAUCACCGACGGCCAGAUCGCUUGCUCUUGAAUUUUUUUCUAACCCCAAAU